UAGUCCAUGUAGAGACAGUGGUGUCUAUCGGCAUUAAGAUCGAAGGACAGGACACAUACCUGAACAAAACAACAAAGAUGCUCAUCACACCUCCAACACAACUGGUCAUCGUUAAGACGGACAAACCCAUCUACAAACCGGGACAAACUGUCAUGUUCCGCAUCGUCUCUCUGGAUACCAACUUCCUCACCUACAAUCAGACGUUUCCAACAGUAGAACUUCAGGACCCGAACUCGAACCGUAUCGGUCAGUGGCUGAACGUCUCCAUGUGGAGCGGCCUGGUGGAUCUGUCGUAUCCCAUAAACUCCGAGGCCACUAAAGGAUUUUAUACCAUUACAGUCUGGGACAGUGAGAACAAAGCCAUCACACAAUCCUUCCAAGUCAAGGACUACGUUCUGCCCACAUUUGAAGUGAACGUCUCCCUUCCUCCGGUCAUCACCAUCCUCGACACUUUUGCGACACUGAAAGUGUGUGCUAAAUAUACUUAUGGAAAGCCGGUGAACGGGACGGUGAAGGCCAGAGUCUGCCAUAACAGUAUCAGAUACUGGUGGUUCAUUCCCGCUAACACAACAAUGCCAGACGUCUGCAGGGACUUAAUAAUGAAGACUGACAGGACAGGAUGUGCACAACAUGUCCUGAAUCUGAACGAUUACGCUUUGACUGAUUCACGCUAUGAAAGUUCUUUCAACGUUCGGAGUGAAGUGGAGGAGUACGGCACAGGUGUGACUCUGACUGGUUCAGGAAGCUCCAUGAUAACAACUAAUAUCGUCACACUUUCAUUUGAGGAUUCACCAGUAACGUUUAAGCUCGGACUGGUGUAUGAAGGAAAGAUUAAAGUGACCGGCCCAAACUCCAUUCCUAUGGUAAAGAAAGCAGUGUUUCUGACUAUAAGUUAUGGCAACAGAAAAAGUUUAUACUGGAAGCUGGUUACAGAUAAAAAUGGCAUGGCUAAGUUCUCCCUCCAAACUAGAAGAUGGGGCCUUCAGCAGGUCUCUAUCCAGGCUCAGUAUGAAACGACUGACACGCCCACUGUGACUGCGGGUGGUGAGAAUCAGCUGACUCCGUACUACCCCAACGCGUACCUCUACAUCCAGCCUUUCUUCUCCGAGAGCCUGAGUUUUAUUAAACUGAAGCCCAGCCUGACGCCCUUCAGCUGCAAUAAGAACGCCGUGAUCGAGGCUCAGUACCUGAUACGCAGUGACACACACACAAAACUCAAGAGCACCGUCACCUUCUACUACAUGGUGAUGUGCAAAGGACAUUUGGUUCAGCGGGGACAACUUGUCCAGCCCAUAACCCCAGGAAACAGACAGCAUAAGGGUGUACUGCAAGUGACACUGGAGAACAUGCUGCACCUGUCCCCCGUCGCUCAGGUGGUCCUGUACACGGUCCUGCCGAGUGGCGAGGCCAUCGCAGACAGCAUGAACUUCCCCAUUCAGCUGUAUUUAGCCAACAAGGUGUCUCUGAAUAUCUUGAACGCUUCGACUCUUCCUGGAGAUCAGGUGACUCUGAUCCUGAAAGCCGCUCCAGGGUCCCUGUGCUCCGUGAGGGCCAUCGAUCAGAGUCUGUUACUGCUGCAACCAGAGAAUGAGCUCAGCAUUGAAUCUUUGUACAACAUGCUGCCAGUCCAGACGUUGUCCGAUUAUCCGUACAACACCUACGAUGAGGAUUCGAACCAAUGCCUGGGGAGUCCACUGAUCCUCCCGAACAGAGCCACCAAACUGAUGGGGUAUUUUCCAGUCAACUACGGGAAGGUUGAUGUGUACAGCACCUUCAAAUAUGUAGGAAUCAAGAUUCUCACCAACACUAUAAUCGCCAAGCCGACUGAGUGUAUCACCCCUUUCCGAGGUGUGGCCUUGGAAUCCGUUGUGAGCAAAGUGACGAGUUCAGCAUCAGUUCAACCCGUGGUUACGGUCCGCAAGUACUUCCCCGAGACCUGGAUUUGGGACCUUGUUGUGGUCAGUCCGACCGGAGCGAUGGGGGCUCAUAAGACCAUCCCGGACUCCAUCACCACGUGGCAGGUCGACGCAUUCUGUACGUCAACCGUCGGAUUCGGAAUCGCACAGAAAAUCAACUUCACCGCCUUCCAGCCCUUCUUCGUGAGCCUCACCAUGCCGAGCUCCGUCGUCCGGGGAGAAGUGUUCACACUCAUGGCCACCGUCUUCAACUACCUCCAGAGCUGUAUGAUGGUGAAGGUGACUCUGGCCGACUCGGCCCAGUUCUCAGUGAGAAGUCAACCCAGUUACUCCAGCUGUCUGUGUGCUGACGAGAGCCAGACCGUCUCCUGGUCCAUCACCCCGCUGGAUCUGGGGGAGAUAAGCUUCAAUGUGACGGCGGAGGCCGUUCAGUCGUCGGCUCUGUGUGGCUCGAGUGCGGUGGUUGUACCAGAACAAGGAGCCGUCGAUACCAUCAUUAAAACACUGCUAGUGCAGGCCGAAGGAACCAAAGAGUACGAAUCCUUCAAUGAGAUUCUGUGUCCAGAUGGAGGUGUAGUGAAGAAGACGGUCUCCCUGAAACUGCCCAGGGUGUUUGUCAAUGGUUCGGCCAUGGCCUCUGUCUCUGUGGUGGGAGAUCUGAUGGGCCGCGCCCUACAGAACCUGGCGAGUCUCCUGGCCAUGCCGUACGGCUGUGGAGAGCAGAACAUGAUGCUCUUCGCCCCUAACAUCUUCAUCCUGCAGUACCUGGAGAGCACCAACCAGCUCACACCCGCCAUCAGGAGCACGGCCGAGAACUACCUCGUGAGCGGGUAUCAGAGAGAGCUGACGUACAAACACACUGAUGGAUCUUACAGCGCCUUCGGGAUGAGUGAUGCUUCAGGAAACACGUGGCUGACGGCGUUCGUGAUGAAGUCUUUCGGCAAUGCGAAGCGUUACAUCUUUGUAGAUCAGCUGGUUGUGGAUCAGGCGAAGACGUGGCUCGGUCAGCAGCAGCAGAAGAACGGAGGCUUCGCGUCAGUGGGACAAUUAAUCCACAAGGACAUGGAGGGAGGAGUGGAAGAUGAGGUGUCCCUCUCUGCGUACAUCUCUGCUGCCAUGAUGGAACUAAAUUACACAGUAACAGAUCCUGUGGUGAGCAAAAGUCUGGUGUUCCUGAGGAACGCGUGCCAUAAGGUGACCUCCAUCUACACCAAGGCUCUCCUCUUCUACACCUUCACCCUCGCUGGAGAUCAGAAGAUGAGGAAAACACUCAUGACAGAUCUGGAUUCGAGUGCCAUAGUCUCAGGCCAGGGCAGACUCUGGAGCAGAACAAGUAAUGGCUCGGUGACGGACUCUCUGGAGGUGGAGAUGACCUCCUAUGUUCUCCUGGCUCUGAUGUCUGGACCUGAGCUGCCAGGGUUUAAUCUGAGUUACAGCGCCAGCAUUGUGCGCUGGCUCUCUCAGCAGCAGAACGCCUUCGGGGGCUUCGCAUCCACUCAGGACACCGUGGUGGCUCUCCAGGCUCUGGCGAAAUACAGCGUCGCCACCUACAGUCCACAAGGAGCCGUAACUGUCACUGUAACGUCACCGUCAGGGCUGAAGAACACGUUUAACGUCACUCAGAGUAACAGGCUGCUGUAUCAGGAGACUCGGCUGCAGAAGGCUUCGGGUGAUUACAGCAUCAGUGCAGAAGGGAAAGGCUGUGUGUACGUGCAGUUUACUUUGCAGUACAACACCCCCCCUCCUCCUCCUCUGGCGUUCUCUUCGUUCUCCGUGUCGGCCUCGGCGUCCGGAAACUGCAGCGACCCGAAUCCGUCCCUGGACCUGAACGUUACUGUCAUGUAUAUCGGGCCGCGUUUGGAGACCAACAUGGUGAUCAUCAGCGUUAAGCUUCUUUCUGGGUUCAGUGUGGAUGAGACGUCUGUGAAGCUCCUGAACCGCAAUAAAAAUUCGACUGAUGGAUCUGUGAAACGUGUCGAUCAAGCUGAUGGUGAAGUCAAUAUAUAUCUGAAUCAGCUGGCAAACGGGAGUUUGAUGGAGUACAGCCUGGUGCUCAUGCAGGACUUCGCAGUGAAGAACCUGAAGCCAGGCAUCGUGAAGGUUUACGACUACUAUGAGACGGGUGACGUGGCUGUAACUGACUACACCUCUCCAUGUACUUAACUCAGACGAUGUGCUCCGUUCUCUAUCAUCUCUUUACUUCUUGCCAUUUUUAAAGAAAAAAACAUAUCUUACUUUAAUCUACAGUAAAUAUUCAUUUAAAUGCCCAACACUCGUGUCCUAAAGUAAAUCCUCAACUUAAUCAUGAAGUACGUCUUUAGAAGCAGAAGAUUUCAUCUUUGUACAUGUCUCAGUGCUGUAUUAUUAAUACUACAUGUAUUAAAUUCCUUCUAUAAGUGAGAAA